AUGGAUUCUAAGUAUGAUGACUGCUCUAAUGCUUCAAACAAGCAGCGAUCUGGUCGUCAACGUCGUAAUCUCGAGACAAAUAUGGUUGUGUGGUUGGUUGUCAAUGGCAAUAACAUGCACAACGAAUUUCGGGAAACAAUUAACUUUCAUGAAAUAUUUGAUGAUAUUAACGAAUGUAUUGACUAUGUAACACAUUGCCAAUCCGAAAAAAUAUUUUUUAUACUCUCAGAAUCAGUAUAUGAUGCUAUUGUACCUGUUAUUCAUAAUCUCGCACAGAUUCAUGCAAUCUAUAUACUCGCCGAAAACAAAACGCUGGAAUACCCUGUUGAACAAUACGCGAAAGUACGUGGUAUGUAUAACACAGUUCAUAAUGUACACGAAGCAAUUGCUCAGGAAGUAGCUGUAUUCGCUGGCAUAAAAGACUUUACUAUAAGCUGCAUGCCUGCAUCAAGCAGUGAUUCUAUUUCAUUAUCGAAUCGUCUCGAAGCAUCUUUUAUGUAUUUUCAAUUGUUAAUUGAUGUCCUGCUUUCAAUCAAUGUUGGCAACGCAAAACAGGACAUGAUCAACAAAUGUCGUCAACAAUAUGAUGGCAACGAGGUUCAAUUAAAAACUAUUGAUGAUUUUGAAAAGUCUUAUACAUUCAAUACUGCGAUUCAGUGGUAUACAAGUGACACGUUUAUUUAUCGAAUUCUGAAUAAAGCAUUACGAGUACAAGACAUCGAUACUUUAUUUAAGAUUCGGUUUUUCAUCAAAGAUUUGCACUUACAGCUAGAGAAAUUAUAUGAAAACGACGAAAAAAAACAGAGCGGUACAUUAGUCGUUUAUCGAGGCCAAUUAUUAGCUGCCGAUGAGUUUGAAAAGAUCAGACAGAAUAUCGGUGGGUUUCUAUCUAUAAAUAGCUUUAUGUCGACGACUGAUGAUCGAAAUCUGGCAUUAAUAUAUUCUGGUUAUGGUUUACAACGUCCUUCAAAUGAAUCAAUUUUAUUCGAAAUGACAGUUGAUCAAGAAAAGUGUCAACGACCAUUCCAUCAUAUUCGAGCCCUUAGCAAUUUUGUCAACGAGAACGAAAUUCUCUUCUCAAUGGGAAUGGUAUGUCGGAUUCAAUCUAUUGAAGAAAUUGCUGGCGUUUGGCACAUUAGGUUGACAUCAAACGACGAGAACGAUGAAGAUUUGAGAAAAUUGCGAUUACAUAUACGACAAGAACUAUACGACACAACUGAUAUGACUCCAUUUGGUCAGCUGCUAAGUAAAAUGGGUGAAUACGAUAAGCUUGUACAAUUUUAUUUGCUGAUGCUUGCAGAAAUCUCCGAUGACAAUGAAAAAUUAAUAAUGUUUCAUAGUCAUCUUGGUGCAACUUAUAACGACUUAAGAAGAUAUGAAGAAGCAUUAAUACAUCUGAAGAAAGUUACCGAAUUAGAAGCACAGGAGAAUUCUAUGUCUUGCGCAGAAACUUUUGCCAAUAUAGGUAUUGUUUAUCAUUCGAUGGAGAACUAUCCAGAGGCCAUGACAUAUAUGCUUAAGGCACAAGAUAUUGUAGAAAACCAUUGCCCACAAUAUGAAGCAAAGCUAUCAAUAAUGUACAAUAAUAUCGGAACCGUAUUUUGCCAAAUGAAUGAUUUGUCAAAUGCAUAUCUCUAUUAUGAAAAGAGCCUCGCCAUCAAAAAGAAAAUUCUUCCAUUAAAUCAUCCUUCUUUCGCUAGUACGUGCAAUAAUUUGGCGGAAAUUAGUUUCAAACGUGGCGAUUAUGAGGAUGCAUUGCGCCAGUUUCUAGAAGUACUCGACAUUGAUCUCCGUACAUUACCACCGUAUCAUAUAUCACUUGCUAAUACUUAUCACAACAUUGGAUUUACUCAAAUGGAACAAAAAAAUUAUGCACAAGCAUUGGAGAAUAUUACAAAAGCAUUAGAUAUUGCUAAGAAAUCGAAUCAUCCAGAUAUGCACGAGUAUCAAAAAUUAAUUGAUACUAUUGCCAGUGAAAUGAUAAUCAAGUAA